CGGCUGCUCUCACUCUGAGCUAGGUAGUGGAAGGCGGAGGAGCUCAGCCUGAGGAUAAAGCGUUGCUCUCCCGUCUCUGCAUAUUAUCUGAUCGUGUUGGGGGACAUUUACUGCCAUGAAAGCUUUCAGCCCAGUGAGAUCUGUCCGGAAAUCCAGCCUAACGGAACAUAAUCUGGGGCUAACCCGGAGCAAAACGCCCGUGGAUGACCCCAUGAGCCUGCUCUAUAACAUGAACGACUGCUACUCCAAGCUGAAGGAGCUGGUGCCCAGCAUCCCGCAGAACAAGAAAGUCUCCAAAAUGGAAAUCUUGCAGCAUGUUAUCGACUAUAUUCUGGACCUGCAGAUCGCCCUGGACUCCCACCCCAGUAUUGUCAGCUUGCAUCACCCCAGAUUGGGAGCAAGCCCCACUUCCACAAGGACCCCCCUGACCACCCUAAACACAGAUAUCAGCAUCCUGUCAUUGCAGGCGAAUGACUUAACAGAGUUUAGCACGAAUGACAGCAAAGCUCUUUGUCCUUAAGCAAAAUGGUGUUCAUCAGACUUUUUUUUUUUUUUUUGCACAUCAUGGCUACAAGACUUCUCUCUUUAUUAUGAAUGCUGAAUUUGUACAGCAAGCUUGUGGAAGAAAAAAAAGGGGGGGAACCAACGUGGCUAUGAAAAAAAAGACUUGCAUCCAGAUUAUUUUUAAUAUAUAUAUAUAUUCCCCUUCCCCCUCUCAUCAUCCCAUCCUUCUCAAAUCAAGCUGUUUUGGACUGAUUUUAGUUUAUUUAUGAAAGACUUUUUAUUAACCCUUUCUUACCCGGGAAGGCUGAAUCUAUAUUAUCUCCUACAUGGGGAUUGAACAUUAAUGUAUCACAAGGGAUUUGCCACUGUAUCUACAUCCGAUCUCUACUCCUGAGAAGGUGAAGGAAGCCCCAGCUAUCAUGGACAUAUGGCAAUUAUUAGAUUUACCCUAGCACAGAGAUUCUCAGUGUUUGACAUCAGAAGUGUUUUUUUUUUUAAUUCUUGAUGGGGUUUUGUGAUCAAUAAAACAGAUAUGUGGGUACAUGGCUGGACACUCUAAAUCAAAUUCUGUUACAAGUGGUACUUUGCUAUGAAGUCUCAGAACCACUGCCCCCUUAGAUCAUCAGACUUUACAUCCAGCAUUGAAUGCUAUUGUGUAUAUAGUGAAUAAGAUAUCUUGAACUCUUUUAAUUUGAGUUUUUCCCUCCCCCCUUGUACAGUGGCAGAGACAACAUUUCUGCAAAUGUUUAAUGAUGUACUUAAAUCAUGCCAAACUUUUUAUAAAAGUUUGGUUGUAAGCUUUUUUUAUACAGAAUAAAUUGUGUUUAUUGA